AUGACGGACAAGCUCCCCCCUCCGCUUCUGGCGCUGUUCCAGCCUCGCCCGCCCCUCCGCUAUGUCACGCCCAUCAAUCGGGCCCCCGAGGACUGCAAGAAGAGUUCCAUCGGUGGGAUUGCGCAAUUCCUGCCCGAGCUGAAGCAGUACGAAGAGGAGGUCCCCUACAAUGCCACAGAGAGCUGGAUUCAGCGCAAGUUGCGACAGAAGGUGGAGAAGAAGGAAAACAUGGAGAAGCAAGUCACAGAAGGGCUCGAAGGAUAUGAUCCGUCGAAUGACCAACAAGCUCGCGGAGACCCGUUCAGGACCCUUUUCGUUGCCAGACUGAGCUACGAUGUCAAGGAGUCGGACUUGGAGCGGGAGUUCGGCCGUUUUGGCCCUAUUGAGAGAAUUCGUAUCGUCAAGGACACCGUAACGCCAAAGGGUUCGAAGAAAGCGCACAGAGGAUAUGCUUUCAUCGUGUAUGAGCGCGAAAAGGACAUGAAAGCGGCCUACAAAGAGACAGAUGGCAUUCGCAUCAAGGAUCGCCGGGUUCUGGUAGAUGUUGAGCGUGGUCGGACUGUCAAGGGCUGGAAGCCCCGUCGUUUUGGCGGUGGUCUUGGAGGACGAGGUUACACCAAGGCUCUGCCUUCCCGGCCCAUUGGACCUGGAUCUUUCAACGCUCCUUCUGGCCCCGGUGGCUUUGGCGGUGGUUUCCGAGGUGGCUUUGGCGGUGGCAGAGGCGGCCGGGGAGGCUUCCGUAACGAUCGUGGUUUCGGUCCUCGCGGCGGUGUCGGGUACCAAGGAGGCCGCAACGGCUUCGGCGGACAGGCUCCUCCCAACGCUCCCUCGGGUCCCGGAGGUGGACGCAGUGGUGGCUUCGGUGGCCCCGGUGGCCCCGGUGGCCCCGGUGGAGGUGGCAGAUUUGGUGGCCGUGAAGACCGGGGAGGCACUGGUAGCAACCGUGAACCCAUCAGACCCCGGGACAGCUUCGGUGAUCGCGACCGCCGGGACCGAGACCGGGACCGUGAGGGUGGUGAUCGCUACAGAGACCGUGAUCGGGACAGUCAUCGCGGUAGCUACCGCGACCGUGACCGUGACCGUGACCGCGAGCGCGAUAGAUAUGGAAGCCGUGGCGACGAUUACGGGCGCAAGAGAUACCACGAGGACGACUCGUACGACGACCCUCGCGCCAAGAGAAGGUACUGA